AUGCAGAAGAAACCGUUUGUUUGCCAAUAUAUAGAAAACAACAGCAUCAGUCAUUCGCCCACAAGCAACAAAUGUACAGGCUCACCUCUCAAAGGCAACGACCCUGAACAAAACAUUGAAAACACAUGUUUUAACGUACCACGACAACAAGGUGGGGUUAUCAAGGUUAAACAAAAAAUGAGAAUUUGUGGUGAUGCGACGAUUUCCUCAACUGAAUAUAAAGUGACUACGGUGAACAAAAGAUUUUCGCCUAUUCCUCUUCCCAAACUUUAA